AUGACCACAGGGGUGAUCUCCAGCCCUGACACCUUGAACAGUUUAACUGAUGAAUUUGAUACAAUCAGUGAAGGUGAUGCAGUGAUGACCAGCCAAAAUGAACAAGACGAAACGUUCUCUACUACAUUGUUUGGAUUUUGUGCUUUCUUUUCAGGUGUCUUCAGUCAAGGAGGACAGAUUGACUGUGGUGAGUUCCAGGAUCCCAAGGUCUACUGCACGCGGGAAUCUAACCCCCACUGUGGCUCUGAUGGCCAGACAUAUGGCAAUAAAUGUGCCUUCUGUAAGGCAAUGGUGAAAAGUGGUGGGAAGAUCAACCUAAAGCAUCAAGGAAAAUGCUGA